AACAAACUUUCAACCCCAUUUCUUCUCAACUCUCUCUCUCGCUUCUCUCACUCCACAAACUGCGAAAGAAUGGACACCGACGAUAAUGGAGUGAACAGAAAGAGAAAGCACGACUUCUUAACCCUGACUCUCGCCGCCGCGGCCGGUACCUCACCGCCACCGCCGCCGCCGCAGCAACAGCAACAGCAGCAGCCACGAAUCAUGAUGCCCCCGUCGGAGACGCCGCCCACCCUCUACCAGCGCCGGCGACCGAGGCGGAAGCCCUCCCGGAUGCCGGCGGCGGGGAAGAGCGCGACAAUUCCGCCGCCGUAUCCGUGGGCGGACGAGGGGCGCGCGACGGUGCGCAGCCUGAGCUACCUCCGCGAGAACGGGAUCACGGCGAUCCACGGCGACGUGCAGUGCAGGAAGUGCGAGCAGAAGUUCAUGAUGGAAUUCGAUCUGGAGCAGAAAUUCGGCGAGAUCUCGACGUACGUGGCGGAGAAGAAAGCCGGGAUGCGGCAUCGGGCCCCCAAUAUGUGGAGGAAUCCGGCCCUCCCGAGAUGCGGCUUCUGCAAUCACGAAGGCAGCGUCAAGCCCGUCAUUUCCGACAAGAAGAGGAGCAUUAAUUGGCUCUUUCUGUUUCUCGGCCAAAUGCUCGGCUGCUGCACUCUCGAACAGCUCAAAUAUUUCUGCAAACACACCAAGAAUCAUCGCACCGGCGCCAAAGAUCGGGUUCUCUUCCUCGCUUAUUUGGGCUUAUGCAGGCAGCUUGAUCCAAACGGGCCCUUCGAUGUCUGAUUCUAUUUCACCUAAAUAUCUAUAAUUCAUUAGGGUUUCCUCUUUUCCCCCGUUUUCUUGCUCUCAUUAUAUUAUGUAUUUCUUCUUGUUAAGGCUAGGGCUCAUGCAUGGCUACCUAGGGUUUUGAUCUAGCUUGUAUGAGAUUCACUCAAGAAUUUCAAUUCCUUUAUCAUAUAGCAUAUCCGUAUAUUGAAUA